AUUUAAAACAUGUAUCCUUAGAGUGCAGCAGGGACACCCUUAAAGGAGAGUGAGCCAUGCCUUUAAGAAGGGCCUUAUCGCAAAAAGUAAUAAUGUUCGUAUGUAAGAGUCUAUUGAUGUUUGAGAAUGUAUUAAACAUUUAGAGUGGAUAGGCAAGAAAAAUCGAAAACGAAGAAUAUCUCCUGGGUCAAACGGUCAAAGAUAAUCACGUGUGCCGGUGUGCGUUGGCCUUUCACCACCGACACCGUCCUUUGACGUCGGCACGAACCAACACCGCACAGCACUGAUUCUCUCAACUUGACCUUCGAGCUAACCGUUUAGGCAAAUAUUUUAUUUAUGGUUUACUUAUUUUUUUUUUACAAUUCAUCUUAUAGUGAUUAUAGAAAUCACCGAACCUUAAAUAAAGUAAUUAAUCAUCGUGUCUGAAUGUCUCCAUAUAUUAACAGUGUUUAUGUUGACAAAAAAAACAGUGUUUAUAGCUUUUGGUUUUACUUUGCAACUUGUCUAGUUAAUGACACUAUAACCCCCCUAGGCUAAAUCCUACCAAUAGAUAUCUUAGUUAAUUGAAGUUUAUUGGGCUCGUUUAAGUUUUGAUAACAACACUUAACACUUCAAUUGCAUGUCGACGAAAUUAAAUAUCUCCCAAGUUGCAGAAGUUUCAUCGUCCACUACUUUUUUAUUGUUUCUAAAAUAAAUGAUUUUAAAUUCAUAAAUAGUUUUGAAAAAUAGUUCAAAAGCGUAUUUUAUUAAUUAAUAAUGAUAAAUUGUAAACUAUUAACAAAAUUUAUCAAAAUUAUCAACAAUUUGAAGUUACUGAAAAUCAUUAAUUAUCAAAUAAUAUAAUUUAAUCAUAUUUUUAAUUCGUGAAAGUAUGAAAAAUUUAUUAAUUUGAAAUAGAGGGAGGAAAUAUACAUACACUAAUACAGUGUUCAAUUUGUAUAAAUUUGUUCAUAUUGACCUGAAUCACCAAAACCCAAUUUUCUUCUGUUAUUAUAGCUCAACUUUAUAAUAUUUAGUUAUUUGUCUAUUUUAUAUAUAGAAAAGUGCAUGUUUUCCUUCACAUUCACACGGCAAGAAAGAGAGAAACCGACUCUUUGAUUUGGCGGCGCUGAAUAAAAAAAAGUGUACACAGCAAAAAUAUUUGUAUAUCUAUCAGCUUAACUCCUCUAUCUUAAAAACAUCUUGUAAAAUCUCUGUUUUUCUUUCUCACCUCUCUGUUUUUCCUCUCUCUCUACAGAGUUUUCUUUAUCUCUAAGAAAAACAUUUUUUUAAAAAAAAAUUCAGGGAUUAUAAGGUUUAAGUUUCAGAAGAGGUUUAUUAGAACGAGAGAUUUUUUUUAUGUGCACCUUAAAAGUGGCAAACCAGGAAGAUAACGUUGGUAAAAAAGCCGAGCCGACCACUCGAGAAGAUGAUCACCGGACGUUAUCAGACAUGGAUCAAUGGUUUUACUUAUUCCCGGCCGAAGACAGCCACCUCCAUCACCGUGAUAACGCUCUUACGCCUCCGUCAUCGUCUCUUAUGCCCAGUUUUAGCAGAGAGAUGGAGAUGUCUGCGAUCGUCUCUGCUUUGACACAUGUCGUCUCUGGAAAUGUUCCUCCUCAUCAAUUCGUUGGCGGUGGAGAAGGUACUUCGAAUUCCUCCUCGUCCUCCGGGCAGAAGAGGAGGAGGGAGGUUGAGGAAGGUGGCGGUGGAGGUAAAUCAGUCAAGGCAGCUAAUACUUUGACGGUUGAUCAAUAUUUCUCCGGAGGCAAUUCUAGUUCGAGAGUGAGAGAAGCUUCGAGCAACAUGUCAGGUUCAGGCCCAACAUAUGAGUACACAACUACAACAACUACUAACACCGAAACGUCGUCGUUAAAUGGGGACCAACAACCUCGAAGAAGAUACAGAGGAGUGAGACAAAGACCGUGGGGAAAAUGGGCGGCUGAAAUUCGAGAUCCUUUCAAAGCUGCUAGAGUUUGGCUCGGUACGUUCGACAACGCUGAAUCAGCUGCAAGAGCUUACGAUGAAGCUGCUCUUCGGUUCAGAGGCAACAAAGCCAAACUCAACUUCCCUGAAAACGUCAAACUCGUUAGACCCGCUACAACACAAUCUGUACAGCAAACAACUGCUGUUCAGACACCAACACAGUUCAGGAACUCGACUUCUACCAGUACUCUUUUGCCCCUAAGACCUGCCGUUGACUCUCAGCCGUUGAUUCAACCGUAUAACUUGAGUUACUCAGAGAUGGCUCGCCACCAACAACAGUUUCAGCAACAUAAUCAACAAACUAUGGAUUUGUACGAUCAAAUGUCGUUUCCGUUGCGUUUUGGUUACACCGGAGACUCAAUGAUGCAAUCCACUUCGUCAUCAUCUUCUCAUUCUCGUCCUCUGUUUUCUCCAGCAGCGGUUCAACCGAGUGAAACCGGUUAUCUCCAGGACAUACAAUGGUCACCAGACAAGACAAGUAAUCAUAAUUACAAUAAUAGUUCAUCCUCCUAAUGGAAUUGCUUCAUUUCCUUUUCUUUUAACUAUAUAGAGCUAAAUAGAAAAGAGAAUGAUCAUUGCUUGUUGUAGGGUUUAGGUUUAGGUUUGUAUUGCUUCUUUCUGCCUUGCAUGUUUUUCCUGUUUUUUUCAACAUUUUAUCUUCUUUUUUUUUUUGCAUAAUAAUAAAUUUGUUGUAAAAAGUAAGAAGAGUUUUUUUUAACUCUGUUAUCUGAACCAAACAAAUACAACAAAAGUUAAAUGAAGAAUUUUUAGGACAGAACCUGAAAGAUUCUUUCCAAUAUGAGGGUGUGUGGCUAACGGUUUCUCAAGCUCUUAGUGCCAGCUUUAUGAAUCAUAGUUUCUUUGUGAAUUUGGUGACAACUCUUCUCACCAAGAUCUAAAAGCUUCUCCAAGUUUGAUGCCCAUGACUUUAGAAUUUCGUUGCUAUCUUUAACGAUCAGACUAUUCCUGAUGGUCUGACGAUUUUUGAUAUCACACAACCAUCUCUGAUAGAUGCUUCUCUGCUUCCUGAAAUAUAAUGAACCAAUAUGAAGAAAUUUUUUCAAACAUAUAGCUGGUUACAUUUAGAUUGGUGUUCAAACUUAUAUGCCUCAAUGUUGGGCAUAAAAGUAAAAUCUGCUUUAGCUCCAACAAUGUUGGUAUAUCAGCUGGAGCCGCUUCUACAAUGUUCUCAUCUUCCUUAGUUUCUUUUUAUCUUUGGUGGUACCUGCGUUAAAUACACUCAGAAUCAAUAGAUCUCUAGCAUCUUCCUAGAUAGGAUUUGUGCACGGUCGAUCCAAGCACAAGCGGACCUUGAGGAGUUCAGAUCACUAACAAUUAGCACCAGCAAAGUACAAACAAAACACAUAGCCAAGGAUUUGGAGAAAAUAACACAAGGUCUUACUUGUUCAAGGACGAAUUCAAUCUUCUCAGUUUUUGCCAUAGUACCAGUUCGUUCGCAAUCAAAUUACACGGAUCAACUAAGAAAAAGAUUUCGAGAUAAUACGUUUAUUUAAUGGGUCGAUAUUACGUUUACUUAACGGGCUGAGAUAAUAUGUUUAUUUAAUGGGCCGAGAUAAUAUGUAUUUUUGGUUAUAGCCUACUAGGUUCCACAUGAGUUUGUUGAUUUACUUUGUUCGUUUUCGAUAUGAUGUCUAUUUCAUACAUAACACAUGAAUUUAUUGCGUUUUGCAUCUCAGUUUGUCAUGUGAAAAAAGUAUUGAUGAUCACUAGAAUCAUCGAAUUUGGGAUAUAAAGUGAGUCUCGUGAAUUCUAACACGUUUAUAUGUGCAUUGGUGGACGAGUAUUCUCUAGAUCUCUGAUAUUAUUUUCAUACAAGGCUUAUUCAUUAGAAAGUUGUUUAUAUUAGUAUUUUUUUUGUUUGUUGUUUGUUAUAUUAUCCUUUUUGAAUACCAUAAAAUUCGGGAUCAAAGUCUGUAAUCCUCUAUGCCUAAAACCACAACAUCAUGUAAUAUUAAUUCUGUCCAAACAAUCAGUCAGACCAAAGACUUCUCACACAAUGGGCAUGAUCAGUUACCGUUGAGCUAAUGUUUUCAUGUUGUUUGUUUCUUGUUGUUUGUAUUAAAAAUAUAACAAAAAAAUAUAAUAUGUUUGGUAUAUUAUUAUAAAUAUUUGAGUUUAUAGUAUUAUAAACGAUGAUCGAUUCAAUUAUCAACACAUAUAAUUAUAUAGACAAUGUAUCAUUAAACUUAACAUAAGAUAUUAAGAGUAUAUAUAGUAUAUACACAAAAUAUGUAUAUCCAUUGAUUAGUUCAAUAUAAAAGAAGUAUAUUCAUUGACAUUCAUUCACAAACCGAAACCCAUGAUAUAACA